AUGUUUGGAGGAGGGUUCAAGGGCUCGAAGCUGAAGACGCAGCUUCAGCUGUCGGCAUCGCGAAUCACGGUGAUGCGCAACAAGCGGCAGAACGAGCUCAAGUACAAACGGCGCGAGGUGGCGAUGAUGCUCAAGGGUGGCCAAGAAGCUCGAGCUCGUAUUAGGGUGGAGGAGCUUAUAAGGGAGGAGAACACCAUAGCGGCUUACGACGUCUUGGAGCUCUUUUGCGAACUGCUGGUCGCCCGUAUCCUCAUUAUAGAGUCGCAGAAGACCUGCCCGGUGGACCUGCGGGAGGCUGUGUCGAGCGUUAUUUUCGCUGCCCCGCGCUGCUCCGACCUGCCCGAGCUCGCCGAGGCGAAGAAACUUUUCCAGCAGAAGUUUGGGCGGGAAUUCGUGAUGGCAGCAGAAGAGCUCCGGCCCGAAUGCGGAGUGAACCGGAUUGUGAGUGUUUUGGCGUGGAGUGCAGUGCGUGGGGCAGUGACGAAACCCUUUGACUUGUGUCUGGAGUUUGGGCGGGAGUUCGUGAAGGCAGCAGAGGAGCUGUGGCCUGAAUGUGGAGUGAACCGGAUUGUAAGUGUUAUGGGUUUUGAUGUGGUGGAGUGUGGUGGGUUGGGAUUUCUUGGGGUCGAGCUCGCCGAGGCGAAGAAACUCUUCCAGCAGAAGUUUGGGCGGGAAUUCGUGAUGGCAGCAGAGGAGCUGCGGCCCGAAUGCGGGGUGAACCGAAUCAUGAGUGUUUCGAUUGUGGCUAAACUCUCAGUGAGAGCCCCCUCGCCUGAAGCCAAGCUGGAGGCGCUGCAGAAAUUGGCAGAGGAGAACGGCGUGGAGUGGAGUGGAGGGACCGACUCAGGUGUCUGUUGCCUUGUUUCUUCCCUGCACGCCUCUCAGAUUGUGGCCAAGCUGUCAGUGCGAGCCCCCUCGCCUGAAGCCAAGCUGGAGGCGCUGCAGAAAUUGGCAGAGGAGAACGGCGUGGAGUGGAGUGGAGGGACCGACUCAGGUGUCUGUUGCCUUGUUUCUUCCCUGCACGCCUCUCAGAUUGUGGCCAAGCUGUCAGUGCGAGCCCCCUCGCCUGAAGCCAAGCUAGAGGCGCUGCAGAAGCUGGCAGAGGAGAACGGCGUGGAGUGGGACCCGGCGAGCAUGCAGAAGGACUUGCUGGCGAAAUAUGAGGAUAUGAUGGACCCUCGUUCCAACCAGCCAGUCUACACAUCUGCCCAUCCAGACGCUCCCAGGACGCCCCCUCCUCACGACUCAAUGCCCAACAUGUUUGGCCCCGGGCAGCCCUACAAUCCCGGGCAGCCCGCAAAUGUUCCGGCAUGCAGCCAGCCGUACGAAGCCGGCCCUCCGUCUGCCCCUCCUCGCACAGAAUCUUUGAUUACAGCAGAUGACUAUGAGAAGCGGUGGGUGGGACAGGGUCAGGCAAAUAAUCCCCCUCACCCUGCUUCUGCUGCUGCUGCCGCCGCUGCUGCUGCUGCUGCUGCUGGUGCUGCUGCUGGUGCUGGUGGUGCUGCUGCUGGCGGUGGUGGUGGUGGUGGUGGUGGUGGUGCUGCUGGUGGUGCUGCUGCUGGCGGUGGUGGUGGUGGUGGUUACGGUGCUGGUGGUGGGUCAGCUGGUUACACUGGCGUGGGUGGUAACCCCCUAGAUUACCCAGCAUCUGGUGCUUUUUCCACAGAGGAGAUUCGGCAGGCGGAGAAUGAGGUGGCGAGGGAGUUUGAUCGUGUGGCUGAGGAGAGAGAGCGCCAGAUGGCGGCCAUCCGUGAGUCGUCAGAGCGCGCCAGGCUGGCGGCGCAGCGGGCGGCAGAUGCCGCCCGGAUGGCCGUCGGGGAGUCAACAGCACCAGCAAGCCACGGCACCCCAGCACAUGCUUUCGACGACUACGUUGCACGAUCUCCUAGGGGAAGCAACAAUAGCAACGGCAGUGGCGAUUUCAAUGCCCCGUCCGUCCCUGGUUCGGGCGCCGCCCAUUCCUCCCACUCAGGCUCGGAAUUCCCCUCUGUGCCAGGCUCCGGCGGGUACGGCUCCGGUGCUGGCUCGGGGUAUGGUGGAGGAGGUGCGGGGGUAGGCUCGGGGCCAGGUUCAGGCAUGGGAGGUUCGGGGAUGCAGAGUGGUCCGGGGACCAGUGGAUUGUCGGGAGAUGUCAUGUCUCUUCCGGGAAUUGAUGACCUGGCUGCUAGGUUUGACCGGCUGAGAAAGAGAACGGCUGCAUCGGAUGACCUGUGA